AAACAUACUAUGAGGCUGAAACACCAAAUUCAACUGUUAACUUCCUCUUCUACUUGCUUCUGUACCAAUCUGAACAAAACUUCAAAUCUUUCUUAGUCUUUCAUCAUAACACAAAUGGGGGUUCCAUUACUAUGUUUGGUUCCUCAUGCAAAGAAAAUCUUGAAGAUGCAGUCAAGUUUUACCAAAAACCAACUGGAUGUUCCAAAAGGCCAUGUGGCGGUUUACGUGGGAGAGAUUCAAAGGAAACGGUUCGUGGUUCCGGUAUCUUACUUAAACGAUCCAUCGUUCCAACAACUGCUCAGCCGUGCAGAGGAAGAGUUUGGCUUCCACCAUCCCCAUGGGGGUCUAACAAUUCCUUGCAAAGAAGAUGCCUUUGUUGAUCUCACUUCUAGAUUGAAAGUAGCUUGAAGGAUGAAGAGUAAAGGGCAAUCUGUCAUUUAUGACAAUAUUUUUCUAUUCUUUUUUCUCCAUUCACUUGCUUUUUGACUUGCAAGAGAAUGUAUUAGAUUAGAGUGCCUCCUUACUUGUAUGUGAGUGGCAUUGUAAAGAGAAAUUACUUACAGAAAUUGUGAUUAUGAAAAAGUUUAUACAGAAACAAUUCAGCAUCAA